AUGAAUAAUUGCAAGUAUCAAGACGGUUUCUGUGAGAUCAAGAAAAAUGAAAUUAUAACAUGGGAUGUUAACAGAGAUCAGAAAUGUCAAUUUAUCUCUAUUGGAAUACUUGAUGGGAUGUACAAUAACAAACUUUGGGUUAACAAUAAGAACCAAAUCGCACUCAAUUUCCAAUCCAAUAAAACAGUACAAGAUUGCAACUCAAAUCUAAUGAUCAGUGAUGAAGGCUUUGCUGUAAAAAGAAUUGAAAGAUCUCAAUAUUCUCCAAGACACAUUCCUAUUCCAAUCCCAUCAUAUUCUCAACAAGAUAUUCAACGUCAAGACGAGAACAAGAAGAACUCAGAAAACGUGAACAAGAGGAACAACAGAGAAAGCGGGAGCAAGAAGAUACAAAAUGAAGUUCUUGAAAGUCUUAUAAGAGAAAGUCCAAGGAGAUACAUCCAAAAACAAUUGAAUCAUUCAGCCAUCAAAGUAAGAUUCAUAGAUUCUCAGGAUCCAAUAGUACAAGUUACCUUCUGUAAAGAAAUUGAUGAAGAAGAGAUUGAUUUCAUUGAUCUUACUCGUUUCGAUGGAUACAAGUUGAGCUUAGCGCUAACACUAGGACAAAUACCAAUCAAGAUAAAAAGUCUUGGAGAUAAAAUUUGGUAUUACAAGAAUGAUAAUUUUGGAGGAGUGAUAUCAAGUAAACCACAGCUUCACCCCAUGAUCGAUUAUAGAACUAACAUUACUAAUAUGAAAGAUUUCAAAGAGUAUGAUUUGAAAUUCUUAGAUGACAAAGUAGUAUUCCAUGAACACAUUCUAUUAGAUUUGAAAACUAAUAUUGAAGAAGAACUCAUAGAAGAAAUGAGAGAAAAGUCUGAUGUUUCAAUUGAAGCUCAUGCAAGUAAUCAAGAUUCUACUUUACCUCAUGAGAUUUUAGACGAUGUAGAAGGAUUCUUUGGAAAGUGGUGGCUUAGAAUUUGGAGAGUUGGUGUUACUUUGCCAGCAAUGUUCGUAUACCUAUUUAUAGCUAGAUCAUUUUGGAUGAUACUUUCUCCAAAAACUUUCAUUGAUAGAAAAAAUAGAAAAAGAAGAAGAGAAUAUGAGGCUGUAGAGUUGAGAGAAAUGCCAUCUAUACAAUCUCUAACAGUUGAUUAA